AUGCAACACUGCUGUUUAGAGACUGAAGCUCCAGUAUUGGUCUAUGAACUCGCCUGCAAUGGGACCCUGUUCGACUACAUUCAUCAUACCAAUGAGAAAAGUUCAUUGCCUUGGGAUAUCCUUUUGAAGAUAGUCACAGAAUCUGCAGUUGCUCUUGCGUAUCUUCAUUCUGCGGCAGACUCAUCAAAACAAAUGAUCAUUCAUGGAAAUGUCAAGUCUUCCAACAUACUUUUAACUGAUUGUUUCAUGGCCAAAAUCUCCGGUUUUGGACCUUCAAGGUUGGUCCCUAGUACUGAAUCCCAGAUAAGCACAUUGGUUCAAGGGACACUUGGUUAUCUAGAUCCGGAGUAUCUCCAUACAGGCCAGCUGACAGACAAGAGCGACGUUUAUAGCUUUGGAGUCGUCUUGUUAGAACUUUUAACUGGGGAGAUGCCCGUAUCCUUUGAUAGACCAGAAAAUCAAAGAGUUAUAAUGCCCUAUUUCCUUUUGUCUGCAGAAAAAUGUGGCCUCUUUCAGAAUGUUGGGCCACAACUUGUAAAUGAGGGAAGCAGAGAACAAGUCAGAGCAGUUGCGGACCUUGCUAAGAGCUGCCUCAAGUUGAGUAGAGCAGAAAGGCCAACAAUGGAACAAGUGGCCAGGGAGCUACAUAGGCUAUCCAACACGUAUCCUAGAGUUAAAGUUGACAGCCAUGACACUGAAAGUGAAAGGUUUUCUAGAGCUGUACCCAGUGUGGAUCCAAACCGUGCGUAA